AUGUCAAUAAUCAGAACAAGAAAUUUUCAUCAACAAAUGGCUGUUCGUUCAUUUUCUACAACUACUUUUGCUCGUGCGCAAGAAACUAAUUAUUCAAAUGAAUCUUCCUGGAUCAAUGAAGACGCAAAGCAUGUCAACUCAAUUUCCCUUAAAAUUCUUGAACUUGCACUUGGAUUUGUGCCAAAACAUGGCUGGUCAGUUGAAGCUUUAUCAAAAAGUGCAGAGUCGUUAGGAUACUUAUCAGUUACUCAUGGAAUGUUUCCACGUGGUGAAGUUGAUCUGAUUGACUAUUUCUUGGAGGAAUCUCGACGAAAAAUGACGUUUGAAAUUAAAGACAAAAUGCACGGAUUGCGAGUACCGCAAAAAAUUCGAUUGGCCUGCGUUACUAGACUUAAUUUGACUAAACCACUGAUUAAUCGAUGGCCAGAGGCACUAGCAAUUCUGGCGCAACCAAAUAAUGUUGGAUUGUCUGCAAAACAUCUUGCCAAGCUUUCCGAUGAGAUCUGGUUUCUGGCAGGGGAUAAAAGCGCAGAUAUGAAUUGGUACACAAAACGCGGUGAACUGGCUUUAAUUUAUGCUGCAACUGAACUGUACAUGACACAAGACAAGUCUCCAGAAUAUCAGGCAACGUUUGAAUUUUUGGACAGAAGACUGCGAGAAAUUGCAAUCGUGGGUAAAACCAUUUCGGAAGUAAAUACGUUUGCGAGAUUUAUUAGACAAUCCAUUUCUGGUGUUUUAGCUUCGCAAGCAUCCACCACAAAUAAUCAACCACAACUUCCACCGACAAGUGACAAUAAAUUCCAUAACUUAUCCAAUUUUCAUGCUGCUGAAAGACAACGAGCAAUACUUGAUUCGACCAACAACCAUAUUAUCAGCGUGAAUGCAAAUAAUAUACAAUCAGCACAAGUUUCAAUUAAACAACAAGCACCUCAAGUCAUCAUCGAUAGUCGAGGAGAAGCUGAUGUGGAGCGAUAUGAAGUGAUUUCCGGUGUUUCGGAUAAUGAUCAAAUAUCCAGUGACGAAUUUUUUGAGGAUGAUUCAUCUGAAUUAUCUGGAAAUGAAGAAUUUCAAAGCCCUGAUGAAGAUGAUAAAUCAACUAUUGAGGUAAAAAAAGAGAUUGAAACGAGUUCCACUUCUAUUCAGGAAAAGAGUUUAGAUCAAUCAAUAAUUACCGAAGAAGAAAAGAAAGCCAAUGCGGAAUUUUUUUCUGGUAAAGCUGCUAAAACUCCCGAGCGGUACAUGAGAAUACGUAAUCACAUACUAAACGCAUGGAUAAACGGCAAACCAAGCUAUGUCACAAAAACCAGCAUUCGUGCGGGAUUAAAAGAUUGCGGAGAUGUCAAUGCCAUUGGACGUGUUCAUAGCUACUUGGAAGAAAUUGGUGCUAUUAACGUUGGUGAAGUGACACCAAAGGCUAGGCGACCUUAUCAAAGACGAAAAUACGAGGAAAUAAUUUCUGAUGAGCAAGAUAAUGCUCGAUCUAUUUAUUUCGAUAAUGAUGAAUGGACGCCGACUGGAUUAUCUGGGUUCUCGCACGAAACAGAGACCAAGAAGAAUUCGGAAACAGCGUCGUAUAAAUUAUCAAGAGAUAUCCUUUACACUAUAAAAUUUUUAUAUUUGCUGCGCGCGUAUGAUCCAUUCCAAUUGGUUCCUCCAAAUGAACACGGAGAACUGCAUCCAGCACCUUUUCGUGUAAAUAUCGAAGAAAGUGUAUUGCUUGUCAUGGACUUUCAUUCGCAUCUUUCGCAUACUGAAAUAAUUGGUUUACUUGGCGGUAAGUAUCACCCCGAACAAGGCUUGUUGGAAGUUUCUUACGCGUUUCCCUGUCAAAGCAUCAGUACUGGCUAUCAAUGUGAGAUGGACCCUGGGUCCGAAGUAAAGGCUAGAGAAGCAUUCGAAGAUCGAGGACUGGAAAUUGUCGGAUGGUACCAUUCACAUCCAGUCUUUGAUCCUCAUCCGUCAAUUCGGGAUAUGGAAAAUCAAGGCCGCUAUCAGGAUUACUUGGCUCGUCCGUUUAUUGGAAUAAUAAUUAGUCCAUAUAAACCUGGAAAUGGUAGCAAUGUGUCGAAAUUACAGUUCUUUUGGGCAGAUACGGAAUUUGAUCCUUUAGGCAUUUACAGAUUACCAUAUACAUGCUUGACCAAGGUGGUGCAUCCUCCUACUUGUCCUGUCGAGCUUUUAUCUACUCAAUUUGCAGAUCUUUUAUCAGAAUAUCGCGAUCACAAAGACCGUGUCGAUAUGAACAGCGCAUGGUGUAAUGGUGGUACCUCCAGGCUCGAUCAUCUAAUUGAUUCACUAUCCUCCCAUUUCGGAAUUGAAGGAGAACCCGCGCAACUUUUUUUGACAGAAAUUCGAUGUCUAAUCGAGCAAAAUUUUACCCCGCUCAGACACGAAGCUCCCGACAAUUCUAUUCUUGCUGAUUUGAAAGAAGAUAAUAACACAUUUCAAGUAUCUUCAUCAAGAAGGAUAGUACCGCGCACUUCUGGUAAAACUUAUGAUCCAAAAAUGUUUGAAGCACGUGUUGAAGAAGAACGUCGAAAUGAUGCUGCAAAAGCUAAAUUGCGGGCAGGCAAGAAGCGUCUGCCGUCUCCUGACCCGGCUUUUGCGGACACUACCGAGUAUUAUGAAGAGGAUCAAGGGCAAACUUUCAUUAAUACUGUUCAAGCUGAUCAGCUGCCCGUGACUUCCGAAAUUAAACUUGAAGAAAGCGUCUGA